ACAGGGGGCUACACUUUCCCUUGCUGCCUCCCUCCUGCAAAUAAAUCCGCAUGGUUAGGACGGUUUUGUGGCUCCAUCUUCCCUGCACGAGAUGUUCUCUAGACUCUCCUGCAGCGAGGCGUGGAAGGGAAACUUUACAGGGCUCCGGGAUUCGGAACGCGUGACCAUGGCAACAGAACGUUGUGCUGACCGUCUCCUUAGCAACGGGCGGGCGCUGCUCCCUGCCUUGCCCCUUUGCAGGCGCUGGGACGGCAGCCGGGGGCCCACGGCUCCCCAUUCCCUGAGCCGAGGGUCCCUGCGGGGGGCUGGGCCACGAUGGCUUUCGAACUGGAAGAAUAUCUGCGGGCAGCUUUCCGGGACAAGCUGCUGCUGCCGAAAAUGCCUGAAAGAGAAGAUGACUACCUGACCCCUGCCACCCGCCUGCUGGAGAAGAGGAGGGAGCUAGCAGAGGUGGAACAAGCCCUGUUGGCACAGAAAGAGGAGUUCCAGAUGAAGAUGGAGAGCCUGCAGCAGCGCCAGAAGGAACUGCAGCACAAGGAGGGGCAGUUCAAGGAGGCUAUCUUCAAAUUUGACAAGUUCCUAAAGGACAAUGACUCCAAGCGGAGCCGGGCGCUGCACAAAGUGAGUGAACAGCGGAAGCAGGUGGUGCAGAAGGCUGUGGAGGCCAUGCGGUUGCGCCAGGAGAUUGCCCGGCUGCUCGUGGAGAGGGACAGGCUGCAGCGGCGCCUGGAAGCUCAUGCCAUCUUCUGGAGCUACCUCCAGGCGGUGUUGGAGAAGACCGAGCAGUUCCAGGAAAUCCAGGCGCUGAUUGACCGCUUCAGGACACUGACUGCCACCAACGUGUCGCUGGUGCAGCAAGACCUGGGGAGCCGGGAGGCCAUGGCGGAGAAGCAGGCCCAGCUCCAGCAGUACCUGGAGCAGAGCAACAAUGAGAUCAUGCAGCUCAACAACCAGCUGGCCGUGCUGCAGGCCCAGCAGGAGCAGGCCCGGGCCAAGGUGCACCAGUGGGAGUCCAAGUGGACUGAGAUCCAGAACACAGCCGCCAAGAAGACCCUGCAACUGGGGCAGAUCAAGAUGGCUACCCUCAACCUCUUCCAGCUGGUGACAAAGCAAAUGAAGCUGCAGGUGGACGUCCCCCUGGAGGACACUGAAACCCAGCUCGACACGGUUCAGCUCUGCAUGCUCGACCUGGCUGACAUCCUUGCUGACCUCCGCAAAGUGGACCCUGCACCUGCCAUACAGCCCUCGCCUGCUGCUGCCAGCUAAGCCACUCAGCAUCCUCCCAGCUGCACCCACCUCCACUCUCCAUAGACCUUGUGCUAACAACCACCAGACCUUUGUCAGAGCAGUUUCCUCUCCUGCUGCCCCAUGGAAUCCCCACACCUGCAGCCUUUGCCAUGUGCUAUGGCCACUUCUACAGACACAACCUCCUCUCAGCCAAAUGGACAGGCCCAACGUCAGGACUUUGCUGCUUUGGGGAAGGCUCCUGAAGUGCAUGGGACAGAAGUCAGUGAGCUUCAGGUAUUUCUAGCCAUCAACUCUUCCUAUAGAUGCACCGUUAACCCCGAGGGCUGGAGUCUUCCAAUCUUCUUCUGGAACAUCAGGACCUAUGUAGAAUGUGCAGCCCCUCUGGGGAAAUACUUCGCUCCAUCCUUCAGCAAUGCAGGGAUUAAAGCAGCAAGAGCCUGACCCAGUUUAAAACACUUCAUCACCUCCUUGAUUUAGUUUAAACAAAGUUCCAAAAUCCAAACUGUGCGUUCACAACAGCUGGGGCCAAACUAGCCUGAGUCAGUUUCCCCAGCCCCUGUCUCCUUAGCCUGGGGACAGAUAUCCCUUUAGGCUGUUCUCUGCGUUGCACACACAGCAAGGAGGUUGAAAGACAAUAGCAAAAAUUGUUUAUUGGAGGCUAUUAUUUACAUUAACUUUUGAUACAAAGCUUAGUUCAGUUUAGGCUAGGAAGAGAGACCGCGUUUUAAAAGCAAGUCAAACUCUGCUCAAUUUCCCCACUUUGCAUACUGCCAUGCAGCCCUGAGUAAGAGAGAACAGCUGAGGGGACUCAGGAAGCAUUUAAAGUCUCAAGCAAGUAAUGUUUUCCUCACUGCAGGUGGCUGGCUCAGGGCCUACACAUGGUGCCUCUUGCCACCUGCACUGUUAUAGGUAACACUGGAUUGCAGAAGUAUCUCUAACUGUCCCAGUUCGUACUGGCCAUAUUGUGGCUGCCCAUUGCACCUUCAUUCAUUUUCCUUCGGGGACAUCCCUUCAUCUUUUUAUGUGCCAAGAGUAGAGCACCUCACAUAGCUGGUAUUAUCAGAGGAGAAAAACACCCCCCAGCUCCUCUGGAGAAAGCAUGUGUGCAGUUUGAGGCUCUUUAUUAAAAGGGGGAUUUUCUGAUCA